CUAUGGGUAAAUACCACGAAAACGAAGGGCAGAUUACCGAAACUUGCAGAAAUCAGAAAUUCUCCCCCGAGGUCUUGGGAGAGUCAGGGGAGCAAGGCAUUCGAGGCGAAGCAAUCCAUGGGCAACUCUCAGUCACCUCCCUCUGAUCCUCGAUAUGCUUCCGCAUCCAGAGCUUUCACUCAAAAGGAACUUGAAGAUUUAAGGACUCUGUUCAAGUCUUUGGCAGUUCAGUCGCAGAGCAACGGCAACUACGUCUCUCCCUCCGUCUUUCAGUCAUAUUUUGGACUCGAUGGCCCUCUUGGGGAGAGAAUCUUCGAUUUGGUUACUCAGCAGCGAGGGGAUAAAAAAUUAGCCUUCGAAGAUCUCAUUAUCGCUAAAGCUGCUUAUGAGAAAGGAACAAAAGAUGAAAUUGAUGAAUUCAUCUUUCGCUUACUAGAUGUAUCUGGAGAUAAUAUUCUAGGGAGGUCUGAUUUGGAAUCUGUUCUAAUAGCAAUUUUUAACAACCUAUUGAGCAUUAAAGAUUCUGAAGUCAAGUCAAGUUCCCAUCAGGACGUUGUCAACGUGUUUUUGAAUACUGCAACUUUCUCGAAGCAUGAAGAAGGAUGCACUGAGGAGGUUAUGUCUUUCCAAGAUUUCAAAAGUUGGUGUACUCAUCUCCCAUCUGUGAGAAAGCUUCUUGGAGGCUUGCUGAUGCCACCUGAUUCAGGGAGACCGGGUUGUCAAGUUCCUCGUCUAUUGCAUUCAGAUGGUAUUGAGUCUGACAUUUUCCUCUUGAGAAAGGAGUAUGCAUGGCUUAUUGGAGGAGCACUUUCUCAGCAAGAAGGGGAAGCAUGGAAGCUUCUGUAUCAUAGUGCUUUGAAUGGUCUUAGUUUUAACACAUUCCUGGGCAACAUUUCAAAUCAUGAAGGCCCUACCGUGUUGAUUAUCAAGGAUGAAGAAGGUUAUAUUUAUGGAGGAUAUGCUUCCCAACCAUGGGAACGGCAUGCAGAAUUUUAUGGAGACAUGAAAUCUUUCCUCUUUCAGUUAAAUCCAAAGGCAUCUAUAUGUAGACCUACUGGAGCAAACCAUAAUCUGCAAUGGUGUGCUGUGAACUUCACUUCAGAGGAUAUCCCAAAUGGUAUUGGGUUUGGUGGACGGGUUAAUCACUUUGGUUUAUUUCUGUCGGCAAAUUUUGAUCAGGGGCAUACGUUUUCAUGUUCCACAUUUGGGAGUCCUUGCCUCUCCAAGACUAGCCGUAUAUCCCCUGAAGUAAUUGAGUGCUGGGGAGUGACUACUGCAGCCCAAGCAGGAAUUCAGGGCAGGGAUGAAGCCGUGAAGGGUACUGUACUUGAGAGGUACAAGGAAGAUCGAAAUAUGCUCAAAAUGGUAGGCCUUGCGAAUUCCAGUGAAUGAAGUAGACCUUGCAUUCUCAAAUCCAUUCCCUUUAUCUCUUGGCUUGGCCUUCGGAUGAAUAGCUUUGUGCUUUGUCAAACCUCUAUCAAUAAGUAGCGAAUUAGCAAUGAACUCCUGGGUUGCUUUCUUGAAAAGCUGGCGCACGUGAAUAUUGCCAUUUGUUUUCUGCUUUAUGCGUCAGCUGUAGACCUCGGAGUUCUUGACUGUUGGAUGAUGAAAGUUCAAUAGCAGUUCUUGAGCAGUGAGUGCUUUGAAAUUUUUAAUUCUAAGGUGGUCGAAAAGCUGCAGUCCUCAAAA